GUAGUUUUAUCCGGCGCACUUUUCGAUUUUUCAUUAUUAUAGAGUUUUGGUAGAAGCUAAGUGAGCUAAGAAAUUACCCACAUCUCAGGAGAAAUUACUCCAACGUCAAUUGCAGCCAAGUUCAUUACAUUGUUGGAACACCACACAAGCUGCCAAUUUUGUGAAAAAUUGGGCACAUUUUAGGGAAGCCGCUAUAGUAAACUUUGGGAAAUGGUACAAAACCCCCAAAAUUUACCCAAAACGGGGUUUUUCUACGAAACGUUUUUGAACACAAAACUUAUACCAAAACCUCUAGAAAUCACGAAAAACGUUGGGAAAAUACCUACAUACAUUGCUUACUGAAAAUAUUGGCGAUUCAGUUUAAAUAUUCAAUCAGAUAGCUUUCUAAAAAAUUAAAAAUGCCACCUGAAUCGAGGAAGCUCGAUGAGGAUACUCUCGCUAAGUUGGAGUCAAGCAAUUGGCAAGAGCGAAAAGAAGUUUUGGAAGUAAUCAGUAACCAGUUAAAAUGUUUUACCUUGUCCGAUGCGAUCUGUGGGCUUGUCACUAAAGCAUUAUGUCAAGUAAUUACAUCUGAUAAACAUUCAAUGUUGGUAAUUCGUGCAGCUGGUGUCUUAUCUGAAUUAGCUCAAUCAAUGAAUAAUGGCUUUACCGUUCAUUCAGAACGUGCUUUAACUACUUGUUUAUUAAAAUUUAAGGACACUAAAGCUAACUUGUCUCUAGCUUUACGUUCGGCCACAACUGCCAUUGUGGAUACAAUGUCUUUUGAUCUGGCUUUAGUGCAUCUUCAGACUGCAUUGAGUACUCCAGUGGCAAAAACACAGGCUGAAGCCUUGCGUUUGCUUGCUCACAUAUUUUGUAAAAGUAAUUUAAGGCGAGAACUUCAACUUUCACAACGCUUAAAAAUUUCAAAACCUCUUUUAUCUAAUGUUGCUAAAUUUUCUCAGCACAAAGCUCCGGAAUGCCGUGAUGCGUGUUUUCAGGUGUUUGCUGCAAAUCGUAUUUUUUUAGACUUUACCAGUGAGCAAUUCAGUGCCAUUAUUGAUAACUUGUUGGACGAAUCUCGACGCCUCAGGGUCGACGCUGCUUUCUUGCAGUUAAAUGAAGGUUUAUUACAAAACAAUAUACCCCAUGCAAAUUCUGAUCCGGCAAACUUGAUCACAAAAUCUAAAUCUAAAGAUUCACGUGUUCAACAACAACAACUGGCCGACGAUUUCGACUUCCCUGUUACCCCUAUCAGAGCAUCACCUGGUAUUUCGAAUAAACCUGUUAAAAUUGGAAAACAGUCAUUACAUGAAGUUUUUAAAAAUCCUAUGCAAGGUCAUGUGUCAUCCAGUACACCAUUUUCAACGAAUCAAAAGUCCACAUUACAUAAUUUUAAACAAAAUAUUCAAGUAUCAGCUUUAAAAUCGAGUGUGUCGAAAAUCCCUUCUUCAGUACAACGUGAAGGAUUAAAACAACCUCCUGGGAAGGGUAAAGUGAAAGCAGGAAAUAAAAACGUUAUCAAGCCAAGAAUUGAAAAUUGUCAGCCUCAAGAUUUGAAUUUGUCUCCAGAUCAUUUACGGAACAGGCUUUCCGAAACAUAUUUCGUAAAUGUACCACUGGGACAAUUAAAUGAUGCUUCUUGGAAGAUUCGUUUACAAAUUGCUGAACGUAUCAAUGCUAUUAUUAACUCCAAUCCUCCAGAAUAUCCUGAUAUUCAUUACUUACUUCAGUAUAUUCUACAUUGUGGGACAGUGAAAGAUAAUAAUUUUCGUGUCCGUUGUGAAAUCCUAAAUAUCUUGUCGAAAUUAUUAUCACAAAAUAAAUCUCAAAAUUGGAUUACUACGACUUUGAUAAUAUCGCUUUGUGACCAGUUAUUCGCUACCAUUGGAGAUUCUAAAUCCGGUCCCUUAGUUGAACAAAUUCUUCGAGAUUUAAUGAAUGUCAUAGGCUUUACAAAAACUGUUGAGUGCAUUAAUGCAGGUUUGAAGAAAAACGUUUCUCCUACAAUUCAUUCUUCACUCAUAAAGUGGUUAUCUUCGUCCAUAAGGUCGUUAGAUUCUAGUUUUGAUCACCUACCACUUAUAGAAAUUGUGAAAUUUGGACUUGGAUCUUCUUCACCUAUUGUGCGUAGUUCAGCAAUUGGAUUAGCUGGUGCACUUCAUGCUUGUUUACAUUCGACUGUCAAUAUUCGUCCAUUUUUCUCUUCUGAAAAGACAACAAUAUUACAACGUUUGGAAGCAGAAUUUGCAAAUAGUGAUGAAAAAUAUUCUGUUCCACUUUCGGAUACUAAAAACAAUAAUUCAACAUUCUCUGGAUUACUACAAACUUUAACACCAGCUGCUAUUGACGCAUGGUCGAUUAGAGAAAGAAGAAUGACAGCUCUGAUAGGAUCAAUUUCACCAUCACAAAGACUUACUAAUGCUGAAGGUGUUUUGGAAUUUUCUGAUUCAGAUGAAAGUCCAGUUGCGGAACGAAGUUCAGUACCGUACAAGAAAGGCUUCAUUGAAGCGGUAACAAGACAGCCUAUGCAAUUAGAAAACGUGCAUUGUAAUAUUGCCAGUAAAACAACUUAUAUGACUAAUUCCGAUACUUUUGAUACUAUUUUCUUUGUUGAGUCUAACGAUGAAACAGGUUUGUUACAAACUAAAGAAAUACGCUUGGAAAAUUUGAAAAAGCACCAGGAUAUCAGUAAAGAUAAGUUGCAAUAUCUAUUUGAUGAAUCACAUAUUCAUCCUAAUCUAAAGAAACAGUUAUUCUCCACGUCAUAUGAAGGUCGUCUGGAAGCACUUGAUAGAAUGAUUUCUUCAUUACAUAGAAAAGAUACCAGUGCAAUGCCAUCACCUUUAAUCAUCACAUAUGCUCAUUUUGAUUUAAUUUUAAUGUGGAUUGAAGAAUAUUGUUUUGGAUAUUGGUUGAAAGGUGAUUUUGAACAAUCUGAAUAUCAUAAUUGUAAAGCUGUUUUAGCUCGUGCCUUCGAGUAUUUAACUGCUGUAAUUUCGUUAUUUGCUCAAAAUGAUUUGAGGUUAAGUGAACAAGAAGUAAAUAUUAUUCUUAUCCCAUUAUUAAAUUGUCAACUUCAAUCAUUAACUGUACAUAAAGAUUCAGUUAUUUAUCGUGCUGCAUCUGAUUCAAUACAUCUUAUACGUCAAGUUUAUCCUCCUAGUUUAUUGAUGGACAUGCUUGUUAAAUAUAUGCAUCAAUGUAGUACUGCAAAAAUGCGUCAGAUUUGCCUUGAUGAAUUACUUAGUCUUAUACCGCGUUCCGGUGACCUAAAAGGAUUUACUUCAGAACUUCAUCUAAAACUAAUUGCCCAGCAACUUGCUGACUCUGAUUCUGGAGUGAAGAAAUCUGCAUUGAAUUGUUUAUGUGUAGCUUAUAAGUUUUUAGGAUCCUUAUUUUGGCAGCAUAUUGGAAAUCUUCCAGAAAAUGAUAAAAAAUUACUUGAACAAUAUCUGUCAUCAUCUAAUACUGAUCCAACUUUGACUGUCUCGAAUAACUUUGAUGAACUUUCAAUGAAAACACCAUUUGAAUUUUUUAUAACAAGAGAUACUUCAGUAAUAACUGCACCUUAUACAGGAGAGUAUAGUCGUACUAAACGACCUAAAAGCCCACCACCUCUCCACUUGUCUCCAGCUGCCCCUUCUCUUUUAUUACCAUUAAUUACUGCACGUGAUAAUCCAUCUUUAAGUGAAUCAGACAGAAUAGCAGCUUCAAGUCAACUUACCGCAGCUUUAUCUUGUUUAGUUGAUCAGUUAGGAGGAUUUGUAUCUGAUGAUGAAGUCCAAGAUGAGAAUCGUGCACCGUCAACUGAAAACUGCCACCAGGUCUACACUGAUGAAAAUGAAGAUGACCGAUCAGGUUUCAAUAACAUCGUCCAUGGAGCUCUUAUCGACUUAGAAGUAUUAAUUCAAGAUCCUCGAACAUGUAAUCUGCUUCCACCCUUUAUGCCUCAGAUUAUUACUCAGUUGACGUUACUUUGUAAUCGUUUGUACAAAAGUGAAUCUAACGCAGGUCAAGCGAUUUUCAUGCAAUGUCUAGGCGAUGUAUUAAUAUGUAUUUUUACACGGCCUUUCUUAUUUCGUGAGGUUAAGGCUGACAAUUUAAAAUAUUUAUUGGGUGGUCUAAUACAACUUGCUGAACGAUUACAACUAAAUCGUAACACUCCUUCAUUGUUAACGAAUCCUCGUAUUAUAACCGUAAUGAUAUUAGUUCGAUAUAUUUAUACUGCUGUUGACCCUUCUAUUGGAUUGAGUGUUCUUUUACGUCUGGUUCAUAUUUGUUGUUUUGGUUGUGAUAUAUUAUGCCAUCGUAUCAAACCUGAAGGUCAGGAUAGUCAUCCCUCUGAUCCUAUACACAGUUUGGAUGAACCUUUCUCUUUAGAUAUGAAGUCGAUUUCUUUCGCCAAAGUUGCAUAUCUUUCACUUGCUCAACUUUCUUGUCGAAGUUCCGAAAUUAGAAAUUAUAUAAAUAAAAUUGAUUGGGGUUUAAUCCUCCCUUUUUUGGAACCAUUUCUUCCUGAUUCGUUUGGUGUAACAAAAUCGGUAAAAAUUAAAAAUUAUCAAUCUAUUCGUAUGGAAAUUUUACAGGAAACUGUAAAAGUUAUUCAAUGUAUGCUUAUUGAAAUUUACGGUUGUAUUGGUUCAAAAUUUAUAGAGGAAGUUGAAAAAUAUAGAGAUCAGUGUUCAUCAUUGCUACAUAUUGUAUACACAUUAAAAUCUAUUAUGCAUGAUGCACCUUAUCCACAUUGUCGUAUCAGAUCAGAUUAACGUGCAUCAGUUAGUCUCAGUUCCAGAUAAAAUAAAUGAUCAGUAACUUUUUAUGCGUGUAAACUGUAUAUAACAUUAUGAUUCAUUUAUGUGAAAUAUUUUAGUUUACUUUUCUGUGCCUCCAUUUUCUUUAUUGUUUUUUAAUACCAACAUAUUUUCAAAUAAAUUGUUUUUCGCCA